AGGUUAGGUACAAAACUGAAAACGCACAGAAAAGCGACGGCAGAUCUCAAGCUGAGAAGGUUUCUCAUCCGGCGGCAUAAAGUCAUAAAAUUCCCCGCUCUCUGAGACGAAAUUUUCCAGACGAUUUUACUGAAAACAUUGGACUUUCCGUGAUCACCGACCAGCAUCUCAAGGGCAGUGCUAAAGAUUAACUUGGGAUCAGAAGAUAUUACCAGACCUGCUGGAUAUAUGUAAGGCAUUUUUUUAAAAAAAUAACCUAAGGAAUAAAUGUGCCUCUGUCCUGAUCAUGGGUUUGACAAGGGAGAGAAAAUCAGAAGAAAGAAGCAGAUGAAUUUAUCCCAUGAUAUCAUCACGAGCGCCUGAGAUUCUAAAAUAUUUCAUACACUUCAUCUGUGUGCAGUAGCAUCCAUUUGGGGUGAAAAAAAAAUCAUUUGCAAAGUUGAAUCUCGGGGAAGAAGGAACAAAAGUAAAGCUGAGAUAGUGUGGCCAACAUUUUGUAUCAGGAGCAGGUCUGCGGGUCUGAGGAACAGAGCGAAUGAGUUUUGACUGGGAGUUUAUUUUACAUUAAAUUAUGUUUGACUAAGAACGACAGGAGAAUGAACGAGGGCUGGAACUGAGGCCUGACAAAAAUAAAAAGGCUCCCGUAUUUGACAUCUUCAAGCAAACAUGUUCAGCAAGCGAGGUUUCAGAGGUAGAGGAUCCAACAGAAAAAGGAGAUCCAAAACCAGCCUUCCUGCAGCGUGUACGCAAAUGGACAGCAACACAACUGUGUCUACAAGAAGUGUUUUGGCUCACAGCGUCAUCACCGAUAUCGGUUUGACUUUUGACCCAAUGGUAUGUGCUGCCUCUUCGUCUUCUGGCAAAGCGCCUCAGACCAGUAGCAGCUUGGCACCAGCAAGAGUUGUGAUGCUCAGGGAUGAGGAGCUGAAUCCAGUGACUGGAACCAUCUGUUUCAGGUCAGCAAACACAAGCCAGACAGACAGUAAUCCAGACAGUAAACCUGGGGGUAGCUUCAGCUUUGGACAUGCCACACGACUGUAUCAGAGAAUGGGUGACAGAUCGAAGAGCCUCAGCUUCAAUUUGGCAGGUCCCAUGCAGCCUAGGAAUCUAUUUGCUUGGCAAGACACCAGUCAAUCAAUGGUGGAACAAGGGGAUAAGAGUAAAGCAAGAGCGUUUCCAUGGACACUUGGGUGGGGAAGAAAGAAAGAAGUUGGCUGUGAAGCCCUGGAAAGUGCUGAUCAAAAGCAAAACCAUCCCAGAGCAGAACCCGAGAGUGUGAACAAGCUGGGCACAGGACACCCCAUGACCUUUGGUGAUACCAGAGGUUGGCACAGUUCACAGUCUGGCAACUUGUUCCUCAUUCCCGGGAGAUCAUCAUAUAAAGGUGAUGGCUUCAGUCAAUGCAGCGUGAAUGAGAUGGACAGCGGUGUGAGUAGAAAUAUAGCCAAUCCUUUCAGUUAUCGGGACCCUGGCUCUGUGAUGAUUGACGCUGACAAUCAGAUACCCAUCAAACAAAUGAAGAACAUUGUCACCAUGGAUCCCUGGUUGAAUUCACUUGACAAUAUGGAAUUAGAGUCCGUCAAUAUUGAUAAGAAUUUGGUGACUCCUGAACAGGACCAGAGGGCCAGCGACACAGGAAAGAAGCUUGAAAGUAAUAUCCAUGCAGCCAAUGAUCCGCAUACAACAGUGGAACAGGGAGUAUCACCUUUGAAGAAAACAAAGCCAGCCUUCUCUUCAGACUUUCUUGAUGCAUUGGAGCAGCCUGAGACAGAUCACAGUGCUGCUAUCAGACAGACGUUGAAAGGUUAUACUGACAUCACCCUCCGCAAAGUCACUGUAUUCUACCGGCAGAGAAUAGAAGAAGCCAUUGAGGAAUGUGUGGAAGCUGCCAGCCUGAUGUUACUACAUGAUCUAAAGACAAAUUACCAUUUACACAGGGAAAUCCAACAACUGGUGAAGGAUGGGAGUCAUCAGGAAGCAGCCAAUCAUCUCCUGGAUUCGAUUAUGGAGAGUGGAGCUCAGGCAGGGAGAGCAAUGUGGGAAACCUUUGCCAAGAUGAAGCUCACCAAUCCAAAACUGAGCAAGAUACUGCAAGAGAUUGAAAGCAAAGGAGCGAAUCUACCCAUGGAAGUGAGCCAGAGUUUAAUGGAAUCCAGAGUGUCCAACUACCUGAAAGAAAUUCAGACCCAACAUAAAAAGUUCCUUCAUCAACAAAAUGCGGACCUAUUGGUCAAUAUUAUCGGUGGGAAAAAGAAUAAAAUCUCCCUGGAUGACCAAUAUACAGAACAAAUCAUUAUCGUUUUAAAUGCUGAACAGAGUGUUUCAGGACGUGACCUUACAGUGAGAGGGAAGAGGCGUGAGGAAGGACAAAGGAAGAUGGUUAAGUCACAGUGGGAAACUGUGAGAAUUGGUCAGUUGUUCAGGAGCAGUUUUGGGAAAAGUAGCGUGUCUGGGACUGUGGUGGUCAGUGGUCCAGCAGGGAUUGGGAAAACGACCAUGGUCCAGAAGAUUGUCCAUGACUGGGCUAACGGAAAGAUAUAUCAGCAGUUUCAGUUUGUGUUUCUUUUCAAAUUUCGAGACCUCAACACCAUCGCAGGCAGGACGAGUAUCAAGAAACUGAUCCUGGAUUCAUAUCCUCACUUUGGGAAUAGGAUUGAGCAUCUCUGGGAGGAGCCUCAGGGACUGCUAUUUAUAUUGGACAGUUUAGAAGAGUUUAAGGAGAAGAUUGAUUUCACAGACUUGAUGAGAAACACACUGCCUGAGCACCAGUGUUCCCACCCGGAAUGCCUGUGUGAAGUGUCUGACAUUGUGCGUUGUCUGAUCCAACAGAAGGUACUCAAAGGCUGUUCAGUGCUGCUCACAACUCGUCCGACUGAACUGGAGACACUCAGAAAGGCUGAGAUCAAUCUGUGGACAGAGAUCGUAGGCUUCCUAAAGGAACAGCGCAAGGAAUACUUGACAAAAUACUUUGGAGAUCAGAGACUGGCAGAAGCAGCUUUCACCUACCUGGAAGGGAAUGAAAUCCUGUAUUCCAUGUGUGACAACCCCUCCUACUGCAGAAUCAUCUGCUAUUCUCUGGCCCCUGGAUUAAGACAAAUGCAAGAGACGCAGGAAGUAGUCCCCACAACCAUCACUCAACUAUUUGCAAAUUACAUAUUGAACAUCUUCAAAAACCAUGAGUUCAAUAUUUAUAAACACCAUACACUCAGUGUUGAACAAAUUCAUGACUUGGUGCUCAGAACUGGUGAACUGGCCUAUAUGGGCAUCUGUAACAAUGUCUCUCGUUUUAAUGAGACCCAUUUAAAUUACUACAACCUGGAGCGAUCACACACACUGCCAGGGUUUCUGAUAGAACACAAAGACCCAGAUACUUCUCAAUCCCACUUCUCGUUCAUUCACUUCACACUGCAGGAAUUUAUAGCAGCUCUCAGUAAAUAUCUGACCGCAGAUGCACAGAGACUGCCACAGACCUUGACACAGUUCCUGGAUUCUUCUGGCGGAGAAAACCGGUUCAAGAUAUUCCUCAGGUUUAUGGUCGGUCUAUCUUCACCGGGUUCUGCUCGGAUAAUCAAAGACCUCCUGGGACCCCUUCCUCAUCAGGUCACGUGUUCAGUGAUUGAUUGGGUGAAGAAACAAACUGAAAUCAACUUCAACAACAACCAGAAUAAUCUCAGUAAGCACAAGCUGUUGGAAUCCCUGUACUAUCUGUUCGAGUCACAGCACACGGGGUUAAUGCAGUGCACUGUGGGAUCGGGAGGGAUACUCUCACUGGGGGAUGACGUUCCCUACAAUGCAAUUCGCCUGACCCCUGUAGACUGUACUGUGCUGGCGACUGUCAUUUGUCCUUGUGAUGAGAUCCAGGAGGUUAACCUUAACAACUGCUGCCUGGGAACAGAAGAGAUCCACAGACUGGCAGCUGCUCUUCACAAAUGCAAAGUGCUCAGACUGCAGGGUAAUAAUCUCACUGACGAAGGAGUGAAACUGCUGUCUGAUACACUGGAGAGGGCAGAUUGUAAAAUACAGAUACUGGACUUGUCUUCCAAUGGUAUUUCUCAUACAGGUGCCCAGGAACUUGCUAAGGGGCUCAGCAGCAAUUCAUCACUAACACAGCUCAACCUCAGUAAGAACAAAAUCGGAGAUACUGGAGUGAUAAGCCUGUGUGACGCACUGAGCAGCCCGCACUGUAAAAUACAGACUCUGCUGCUCUGUCAGAAUCUGAUUCGAGAGAGAACUGUCAAUCCACUCAUGUGUACUCUCAGUAACAACCAGUCAUUGACUCACUUGAACCUGAAUAAUAACAAGCUCGAAGACCGGGGAAUUGGAGUGUUGAUUGCUGCAUUGGGACAGCAGAGCUGUACGCUCCAAACACUAGAACUGGAGGGUAAUGGAAUUUCAGAUACCUACACAAUGGAACUCACUGUGACUCCCAUUACAAACAUGUCACUGAUGAAGGUGAACCUGUCCAAUAAUUCACUCACAGAUCAGUCUGUAAAUGCUCUUCAGACCCUGAUUCAGAGACACACUUCCCUCCAGGAGAUCAGGGUGCAGAGGAAUAAGUUCACUUCCAAUGGAGCCAGCUGUCUUCAGUCACUGUGUAAUCACAGACCCAGACUCUGUGUGGAAGUGUACACAUCGAUAACGAGCAAAGGAUUUGGGACAAUCUGAUGACAGACUGACGUGGUCAUGAAGAAAGACCCAAGACGCCAAACUGAUGUCUACUUUGUAAUUGUGUAUUAUUUGUACUUCUCUGUUUUAGAAAUUUCUACCAAAUAAAACAUUUUAGACUUA